CUUCACUGACUUCCAACGUGACCCGUCCUUGGGGAACCCUGUCGAUUCUGAGACGACCCCUUGUCGAAUGGCAGGGUAUCUUGAGAUUGUCGAAAAGACUUUGCAAGCAUCAAGUGAAGGCUCUCGGGUCUCGCGCAAGCUUCAAGGUCUUGUGCAGACCAUUUACAGAUGUCCUCAUCUUAACGAUAAAUUGCAUCGGCAGAAUGGGAAGGCAGCUACAUUUCGGUUUCUCGCCGCGUCUCUUUUGGGACACCCUGUGGAGAGAACCAUGCCAAAAUCCAGUUCGACGACUGAAUAAAACUCCUGGAGCAUCAAGGGCCAGUGCCGUCAGAUCGGAUCGUCAAAAGCCACCAUCCCGUCAAUGUUCUCGACCCGGCAGCUGGCAGUUUCGAUCUCUGUUGUUUAGAAUUCACCACCGGCGUUGCAUCCCGUGAAGCUGUCAGUCGUAGGGACCCCACAGAAUCGACAUGAUCGUCCAUCAUUGACGCCUGGCGUACCGAUAAGGAUGUUUCGUUUCUUGCAGCAACCCACGAUGCUACGCUGUGGCUGUCCUGGGCUCUUGGACAUUAGUCUUGCCUGGUCAUGUGCCGGGCCCAGCUUGCCAUCGAGUCAAAGGAUCGGCACCAUCAUUUCGUCGGGUAUCUGAAUAGAGGCCCACUGGCAUCCCG